CUCGUUGGCUGUGUGUAAGCAGGGCAUCUUCUCUGCCAAAAGCUUCAGCGCCUUAAGUUGAUGUUUUACAGGAUCCACAGGGUCAUUUCAAAACCAUUAUUUCAGUCUGUGAGGCAGCUUGUUUUCUUUCGCAGUUCCCGAAAACUGACCUCCAGAAUGGCUUUCCAGUACCCGCAGGCGUACCGCGACGAUGCAGUUAUGGAUGACUAUCAUGGCACCAAAGUACCAGAUCCCUACAGCUGGCUGGAGGACCCGGACAGUGAGAAGACACAGGCCUUUGUCACGGCUCAGAACCAGCUGACGUUGCCGUUUUUAGAGCGCUGCGAGGUGCGAGACCUGUUCAAGGAGCGCAUGACCGAGCUGUAUGACUACCCCAAGUAUAGCUGUCCCUUUAAGAGGGGGAACAGGUACUUUCACUUCUACAACACAGGCCUCCAAAACCAGAGUGUGAUGUACGUGCAGGAGAGUCUGGACGCUGAGCCCACAGUCUUCUUGGAUCCUAACACAUUUUCUGAUGAUGGCACUGUUGCCCUGCGAGGCUACGCAUUCUCUGAGGACGGGGAGUACCUGGCGUACGGCACCAGCGCCAGCGGUUCGGACUGGGUGGAGAUCCGCUUCCUGCAGGUCGAAGGCGCCAAGCCUCUGGAGGACCGCCUGGAGCGAGUCAAGUUUAGCUGCAUGUCCUGGACUCAUGAUGGGAAGGGGCUUUUCUACAACUCCUACCCCGAGCAGGAGGGCAAGAGCGACGGCACUGAGACCUCCACUAACCUGCACCAGAAGCUCUACUUCCACGUUCUGGGGACUCCGCAGUCUGAGGACGUGCUGUGCGCCGAAUUUCCUGACCACCCCAAAUGGAUGGGAGGAGCUGAGGUGUCAGACGAUGGGCGCUACGUGCUGCUGUCUAUCAGGGAAGGUUGUGAUCCGGUCAACAGACUGUGGUAUUGUGACCUUCAGACCACUCCUCAGGGUAUCACAGGACUUUUGCCAUGGGUGAAGCUAAUCGACAACUUCGACGCCGAGUACGAGUACGUGACCAACGAGGGCACGUUGUUCACGUUCAAGACCAACCUGGACGCCCCGCGCUACCGCCUCAUCAACAUCGACUUUGCCUCUCCAGCUCAGAGCAGUUGGAAAGAGCUCAUCCCUCAACAUGACAAGGACGUUAUUGUGUUCGCCACCUGUACAUACUCCAGCUACCUGUUUGUGUGUUUCCUCCACGACGUGAAGAAUGUGUUGAAAAUGUACCGUCUGAGCUCGGGGGAGGAGCUGAGGACCUUCCCUCUCGACGUGGGCUCCGUGGUGGGUUUCACAGGGCGGAAGAGGGACUCUGAGAUCUUCUACUAUUUCACCUCCUUCCUCUCCCCGGCCAUCAUUUACCACUGCGACCUGACGAAGGAGCCGCUGCAGCCCCACAUCUUCAGAGAGGUCACUGUCAAAGGCUUCAACCCCUCUGACUACCAGACCACCCAGAUCUUCUAUCCCUCCAAGGAUGGCACUCAAAUCCCCAUGUUUAUCGUUCACAAGAAGGGCAUCAAAUUGGAUGGCUCCCAUCCAGGUUUUCUGUACGGCUACGGUGGUUUCAACAUCUCCAUCACGCCGAGCUACAGCGUCUCCCGACUCAUCUUUGUCAGACAUCUGGGGGGAGUCCUGGCUGUUGCCAACAUUCGAGGAGGAGGAGAGUACGGGGAGACCUGGCACAAAGCUGGCAUGUUGGCCAACAAGCAGAACUGCUUCACGGACUUCCAGUGUGCGGCUGAGUAUCUCAUCAAGGAGGGAUACACUUCUCCUUCCAAGCUGACUAUAAAUGGAGGCUCCAACGGUGGCCUGCUAGUAGCGGCCUGCGUGAACCAGCGGCCCGAGCUGUUCGGCUGCGCUGUCGCUCAGGUAGGCGUCAUGGACAUGCUGAAAUUUCACAAGUUCACCAUCGGCCACGCCUGGACCACAGACUUUGGCUGCUCUGAAGACAAAGAGCAGUUUGAAUGGCUCAUCAAAUACUCCCCGCUCCACAACAUCCACGUCCCAGAAGGCAACGGGGUCCAGUACCCUGCGGUGCUCCUCCUGACAGGGGACCACGACGACCGGGUGGUGCCCCUGCACUCCCUCAAAUACAUCGCCACCCUGCAGCACAUCGUGGGCCGCAGCACCAAGCAGUCAAACCCCCUGUUCAUCCUUGUGGACACAAAGUCGGGCCACGGUGCCGGCAAGCCCACCAGCAAGGUCAUCCAGGAGGUGGCCGACACCUACGCCUUUAUCGCUCGCUGUCUCAAAAUCUCCUGGGUGAAAUAACCUGGGCCUCCUGCUAAAGUGUGUGGGGUUUGUUUUGUUUUCUUACGUUAACUCAAAUCAUCUUUGGAAUACUGUUCAUACCAGCUGUUUACACUUUCUUUAUAACACACCGACACAGUACUGGAUCUUUUAACUCACGAUUACCCAGCCACCAUUACUACAUCUUUUGUUACUGUCUUUGUUUGUGAUUAUCUUCCCCUCCCUCCCCCUCUCAGCGUGAGCCUGAUACAGACUCAUCUGCCCCAGCUGCAACUGCACACAACUAUAAGCCAACACGCAGCACUCACAGCUAGCAUACCCUCUCCUGUCGGCCAUGUAAUGAAACAAAGAAUGACUACAUUAUCAGUGUGUGUGUGUGUGUGUAAAAGGAGGGGGUACCUUCACGGUUCCAAUAAUCAGCCAAUCAGCAGUCACAGUCAUGAGGUCAAAGUGGCAAAAGUUUAUUUGGAGAUUGGUUUCUGCGUCCUCCGGGGGCUUCAACACGAUGCUUAUUAUUUAUUUAACGUUUGUGCACAGAAUGGAGGCUGUGGGAUGUUGAAUGACUCCAGCAUGUACAAGUAUAGUGCAAAUGAUGACCGUGCAAGUCGACAGUAUCGCUGUGGAUGAGAAACUUGCAAAAAACUGCAUUAUGUGUAUGCAUGAAAGAGUGUGUGUGUGUUGUGUGUUUGAGUGUGUGUGUGGUGUGUGUGUGUGUGUGUGUGUUUAAAUGUCAGUCCCCGCAUUUUUUUCAGACUGAUAAUGAUUUCUACCUCUUGACAUGUGCUGAUUGUUUGCCUUUUACAGGGAACAAAACACAAUGCCACAACUACAAUAAACAACUUUUUAAACUGA